GCCACGCCCACCUCGCACCGCUGACGUUGGCAGAGCUCCCACCGGGACCGAAAUAAAGGAGCAGGCAGCUUUUGUGUAAUCUAAGCCCGUUAAAUAUUGUCAUCCAUUGCAAUACAAGCGUCUGCAUUGGGAUAUUUUUAUGUAAAAGGCUGCUGGAAAGUUCCGGGAUACGUGCGGCGGUGACACCCGCUCCUAGCGGCGGCUGGAGGCGAUGCUACUGUUUGUGACCACCAGCUAGCCGGGCUUAGCUGGCUCAGAGGGACCGGGAGAGAGGACCGCAGCUGGCAGCGCCACACAGCUGAAACCAGCACACAAGGGGAACAUUUUUAAUAAUAAAAAAAAAAGGUCAGAAAGUUGGAAUUGGUGUCGGUAAGACCGAACGGGACCGUAGUGUGUUAGCUAGUUAGCAGCUGGUUUGUGGCUAGUAGCGAACUUCACUCAGACGGUGCUGCUGGGGGCUCUCUCUCUCCCGGCUGUGAAAACCUGGCUGUGGGUGUCGGAAAACUCGUAUCUUAAAAAAAAAUAAUAAUAAAAAACUACAAUGAGUUCCGAAGAGACAGCGGCGCCCAGCAAAGCCGCUCCGGAUGAUGACGGCAUGACCUGGUGGUACCGAUGGCUCUGCAAAAUCGCCGGCGUUUUGGGAGGAAUAUCCUGUGCCGUCUCGGGAGUGUGGAACUGCGUCACUGUGAACCCUUUAAACAUCGCUGCUGGAGUAUGGAUGGUGUUGAACGCCUUCGUGCUGUUCCUCUGUGAGGUCCCGUUCUGCUGCCAGUUCAUAGAGUUUGCCAAUGCAAUCGCGGCCCGCGCAGACAAGCUCAAGCCCUGGCAGAAAGCCCUCUUCUACUGCGGGAUGGCCCUGUUCCCCGUGUUCCUGAGCUUCUCCUUCACAACCUUGUUCGGGAACGCCAUCGCCUUCGCCACGGGGGUUCUGUACGGCCUCGCGUCCUUGGGCAAAAAGGGCGACGCCGUGACUUACGCCAGACUCCAGCACCAGAAGCAGGGGGACGAGGAGAGGAUGGCCGGAACGGCAAACGGAGCUCCAGAGUGAGGCGGCUGCCGUUUUUUCACCUGCCUCGUCUUGUUUUGCAGUUUUUUUUUUUCCACUUGGAACUCCUCCCGCUUCCCUUUCAUCCCACGUUUUUAAUUUAUUCUCCAACACUACAUAACUGUUGUAAUGUUCGUUUACUGGCUUAGUCUGGUGCAUUCUUCUUGUUCUGACGCUCCUUGAUUUUUAUUUCGUACCUCGAGUCAGUACGGGGGAAAGUUAUGAUUUAAACGCUUAGUCAUUUGUUUUGUUUGUUUGUUUUUUGACAGUGUCAGUUUUAAACAUACCUGAAACAUGAAUAUCUUUAUCUCCCCUAAGCCUUCCCGUAAGCUAGACGUAAAAUCACUGCGGUUGAGCUCCGCUUAUUCACCCUGACUUUUUAGGCUGUGAUUCAGAGUUGGAGGGCAGUUUGUACCAAGACUUCAGAAGAUGUGCAAACCUGCAGUUGGGCUUUUUUUUAAUUAGUAAUGCAGUGUGGGGGGGGGGGGGGGGGGUUGAACCCACCAAAGGAUAUGACAAAUUAAAGAGCGGCAAAGACUGAGUGCAUAUUCUUGAGGAAAAAAGGAAGGCCUGUUUACAGUGGUAGAGUUGACCCACCAGCUGAAGCAAAGAAAUUGAAACUUAUAUUUGCAACAAAUAUAUAUACUUGAAACCUCCCCUUGUCUUGGGGCAAAAAAGAAAAAGCCAGCUAGUGUAUGUUUAUGGGCAGGAGAGGUUUAAACGAUCUGGUUUUACAUAUUCAGAGAAGUUUGGCUGCAUUUUUAACUAGUGGAAAUAAGAUGCUAUUGCUUGAAACUACUGAGUCUUAAUAAUAAUGUCAGAAGGGUACACAUGCAGGACCGCUUCUCUUAGCCAGCCAAUGCUGUGAAGUUUUAGUUUAUCCAAGUAUCAACCAAAUGGGGGAGGGGGGAAAAGAGCUCUGCCUUAGAGUUUAAGCUAAAUCUUUAUCUUGAAAUAUGCGUUUUAAAUGUUUGAUGCUUUCCGUAGCUAAACAACAAAGCAUUAAAAGAGCGCAGAAGCAAAAAGGGAAUAGGAUGGUUGGACUUUAUAAAUGAGGAUGUUUAAUUUAUUCCUAGUUUUCAUUGUUUUGCUGUUUUCGUUGUUGUUGUUUUUUUUAAUUUAAAACUGACAUUUUUAAUUAUUCCACCAAACCCCGGUGCAGUGGCCUCUGUUUUUACUGGUCAAUAUGUUUAGAAAGCCCUAAAAUAACUGAAGCUUUUAGUGCAGCGAGAUGGUCUCCCUCAGAAAAAUCAUAUUUUUAAGUUGACUAUUCAGGGAUGGAAAAAAAAUCACACUUAAACUAUUUGUUUAUUUUUUUUUUUUUUUUCAUAAUCUUUGAUGCCACUGAUUAUUGUUAAAAAAAUGACAUUUUUAUGAAUGUAUCGGUCUCUAGUGACUUUAGUUAUCCGUGACUUCCUGUUUCACUGCUACAUGCAUAUGACAUGAUAUUGUGGUCAAUUUCUCUUAGACAAGCUUCAAAACGACAAAGACUGGGAAAACAAGCCAUUCAAGCAAGGCAGAUGUGAACUGCUCCUAAUAAGUCAGUCAGAAACAUCGGCUUCUUGCCUAAAUCUGCCCAACCAUACAGUUAGAACCAUUUUUGAAGUGGUUUAAAACAAACAACUGGUUGGAUGAGAAACCAAGUUUAUUUUGCCACCAUACAAAGCUAUGAGGGUGGCAAUGGAUGCAUUUCAAAAAUGCAGACGCUGUGUUGGAGAACGUCAGGACAUUUUCCAGGGGGAGAUCAUGCUUCUGCAAUAAAAGCUGAAGUCGGUUUAAAGGUUUGAACACAUUGGUGUCAGGAAUGCAGGUAAAUAUAGAGGUCGCUGUGUGUGAGUGUGUGUAAAAAAAAACGUAACCUUUUUCACUGUCGUGUGGUUAAUUUACCUGGUUUGUUUUAGUUUGAUGUUUCUGUUUUGAUCAAACGAGGAAUCUUGUGUUCACUUUCUGAAUGGUUUUCACUUUGUGGGCUUUGAUCAGUUGACUUUCAAGUUUCAGACUCUUGAGUUUUUAACCCUAAUUCAGCCAAAACGAUGCAGCCAGUAAUGAUGAGAGGUAUGUUUGGUAUUAAGAUAUAACAACCUGGAGCACAAAAACCACCAAGUUCACGGGCGUUUGUGUUCAAACAAAGGCAAAAGGGAUCGUUUUAACUUUGGGGAAUGUAUUUGGUGUAUCCAAAGAUUAAACACCUGAGAUUUUUAAUUUUAUGUUGGGCAUUUAAACGUUUUUCUUUUUUUUUUUUUUUUUUCCUGAUAUAGUGUAGCUCGGUUUACGGAGGCUAUUCGUGAUCAAGGAACCAUCUGUCGGGGUUCAGAUUGAUUAUGAAAUGAGGAACUAGAAUGUGUUUGUAAAACAUUUUGUAAAAAGUGUUUUUUUUUUUUUCUUUCUUUAAAAAACAAAAACAAAAUCCAGAUUGUUAAGUAUUACAGAUUGUGUACAGUUUAAAGAAAGGGAUGUGUGUUUGUUCAGGGACUGUUUUGGUCUGAAUCCCGCUCAUUAGCCAGAUCUAUGGUUUACCUUUUGUCAUUAAAGUGGCACAGAGAUGGCUCGGUUUUAGUCGUUUUUUUAUUGUCUCGCCCCAGGAAAAACGAAUGCUGCUCGCAUGCGUCUCUCACAGCUUUUGCCGUCUGAAGUCAGUCUUUGAUAGUUUGAUUUGACGGACCACCAUGGACAGCUCUCAGGUAUCCCACAGAACUAGCGCAGGUACGACUGUGAAACCGCUGCACCACCUCAGCCCGUGGAAACACAUUAGCUAUUCGUUUUUUAACUCUCACAUGUGGCGUUGAUGAAUGUUUAAGCAUCGUUAAUGUGCUCCGGUCACACCGCGGACACCGGCGCACUGGUCCUGUUAUGCCCUUCGCCCUGUCCAAGUCCGUUUUGUUUGUUGUGGUUUUAUUUAACUCAAGCUUCACCCGUUUCGGACUCCUCUAUUGCCUGCAGGUUUUCGGUGCCUGUUUUGCUGUAAGAGAUAAGUGUACAGUCAUUGUGUGUUGUGAUGUGAAGUCUGAUUCUCAAUUUGGUGAAUUAAACUUGCUACUACCAA